AUGUUGCGUACUUUUUGCCGUUUGCCACGAACCGCUGCCAUUGCUACGCGUCCUUUAACCAUUGCCCGUGGCAUUCACGCCGAAUCAGCUGGUGCCAAGGAAGCCUACAUUGAGCGUUUGACAGGUGACCAAGAGGGUAUUGCUGUUCUCAAGCUCGACCGACCUGCUGCACGCAACGCAUUAUCUAUCAAGUUGCUUCGUGAAUUCCGUGAAGCUCUCGAAGAGAUCCGAUUUUCUAGUGAUGCACGUGUGCUUAUUGUUCAGAGCUUGGUCAAGGGUGUGUUUUGUGCUGGUGCUGAUCUCAAGGAACGUGCUACCAUGAAUCCCACUCAGGUUACUCAAUUCUUGCAUUCACUUCGUCAAGCUUAUCGCGACCUUGAGACACUUCCUAUCCCUACGAUUGCUGCUAUUGAUGGUGCUGCUUUGGGUGGUGGAUUGGAAAUGGCAUUGUCUUGUGAUAUGCGCAUUGCUGGUCCCGGUGCAAAGAUUGGUCUUCCAGAGACUAAGCUUGCCAUCAUUCCAGGAGCUGGUGGUACUCAGCGAUUGACCAAGUUGAUUGGCCCUUCCAAGGCUAAAGAGUUGAUCUUUACUGCACAAGCAUUGGAUAACAAGCGUGCACAUGAAUAUGGCAUUGUAAAUUAUGCAGCAGAGGAUAAUGCAUAUGAUCGUGCAGUGACCCUUGCAGAGAGCAUUCUUCCUCAGGCACCCCUUGCACUUAGAGCAGCCAAGAUGGCAGUGGAUCGUGGAGCCAUGAUGGACAUGGAUGCUGGUCUUGAGAUUGAACAAGCCUACUAUGCACAAAUUAUUCCUACUGAAGAUCGACUAGAAGGAUUGCGUGCUUUCAAGGAAAAGAGAAAGCCAGUAUACAAAGGUCGCUAG